AUGCGUGAAACGAGAAAAAGCAAUAAUCUAUCUCAACAACAAUUGUUGAAUGAUAAAAAACUAGAUGUUCUUCGACAAGCUGUUGAACAUGAAUAUACGAAGCUCUAUCGUCAAACAUAUAAAACUGCACAAAAAGCAGCUCGUCAUAUUCUUCGGCAGGCAGUUCAACAUCCACCACCAUGUCCAAUAAUAAUUCCUAUUCCUGACUCUAUUAUAGAAUUGAAAACAACAGAUCAUGAUGAUGAUAUUCGAACUAUGUCAGUUAUUAUAUCAGAUGGUACUAAUCAAAAAUCACAAAAACAUUCAACAAUUGUAACUAUAAUGCCAUCACUGUCUUCCAUUCGAGAAUUAAUAUCUUAUGUACCAACUAUGAAAAAUAUUGCUACACGUGGUGAUCUUACUGGUAUUCCAUAUUUAGGAGAUAAAUUUGAUCACGAAGAUCAAGAAUUGAUUAAUUCAAUAUCCGGUGAAUCAUUACAGCAAAAUAAAACUAUUUUACGCAAAAACAAACUUGAUGAACAUUUAUUAGAAACACUUUAUCAAUCUCUACGAUCAAGUAAAGCUUGGAAGGCAUAUACAAAUGAUCAAAUUAUUGAUGCUAUAAUUCAUUAUCAUCGUGAUUCAACAGCACGAGCACGACUUAUUACAUUUGCUAAUCAAUGUGAACUGUUUUCAAAUGAUAAUCAUCGACAUCAUGCAAAUAUUGAUACAUGUGACAUAAUUGAUAUUGAUAUUGAGAAUCUAAUUAUUAAAUCAUGGUGUUCUCAAUUUUGUCCACGUUGUUAUGUAUAUAAUUGUUUAUUACACAAAGAAAAACCAUCACAUCUUCCAUUACCAAAACAAUUUUUCAUCUACAAUGAUAAUCAAUCAUCACCAUGUAGUUCAACAUGUUAUAAACAUGAACGAGAACAUUUAAAACGUUCUUUAUCACCAUCUUAUGCUAACGAACAACAUAAUUGUUCUCAAACACAUAUUUCAACAUCAUCUGAACCAAGUGAAAAUGUUAAAAAACGUCAACGUAAAUCAACUUCAUUGAGUCAUAUUUCAUCACCAUGUAAAUCAAUUUAUUCUCAUAAUGAAAAUCUUCGUAAUGAUGUUUGUCUUGAUCAUCAUUUUCAAUUACUUGAACAUCAAAAAAAACUUUCAUCUCAACAAUUAUUAACACGUAUAGAAAAUCAUAUGAUAAAUCAAUAUUCAAAUCCAUUAUCUCAUGAAUUAGAUCAACAACAAAAUAAUUUAGCUAAUAAUUGGACAUUAACAGAUCGUAGUUUAUUUCGUUUAUUUUAUUUUGUAUUCGAUGGUGAUUUAUGUUUAAUUAAUCAUUUAUUUAAUGAUCAUAGAACAUGUCAAGAUAUUUAUGAACAAUUUAUCUUAGAUGCAAAAUUUUUUUCUGAACAUAUAUCAUCAAAAAAUGGUUUAAUAUUUUCAAUACGACAACCAUAUAGACGAAAAAUGUUAGAAGGUGCAACACGUGCAUUUCUUUUUCAUAUAAAAAAACAUGGCUAUAAUAAUAAUAAUAAUAAUAACAAUAAUAAUAGUAAUCAAAAAUCAACAGCAUCAAAACCUGCUUAUAAACCCUGCUUACAUGAUGGACCAUGUGUACCAUCAAAUCAUAAUUGUUCUUGUAUGCAAAAUGGUACAUAUUGUGAAAAAUAUUGUAAUUGUUCAAUUGAUUGUCCACAUCGAUUUCCGGGUUGUACAUGUAAAGGUGCAUGCUUAUUAAAUAAUUGUUUAUGUUGUGCUGAAGGUCGAGAAUGUGAUCCUGACUUGUGUCAUAAAUGUGGUGCAUCUUUAUUUCUUAAUGCAAUGGAUGAUUUUAAUUCAAUAAUUAAAUCAGAACCAGAAAUAACAACAACAACAACAAUAGUUGAAAGAAAGUCAUUAUCAUCAUUAUCUAGAAGAAAUACACGAACAAAAAUCAAUGAAAAUUUACCAACAAGACAACAUAGUCUUCGAUCAUGUCGAACUGUUGAACCAUCAUAUAAACUAGUUCGAAAUCAAACAAAACGUAUGAAUUCAAGAACAUCAUUGAGUUCAAAUACAAUAUCAAAUAUGCCUAUGAUUACAUGUGCAAAUAUUUCAAUACAAAGAAAACUAUAUAAACAAAUACUUGUUGCAGAAUCAGAUGUUGCUGGUUAUGGAGCUUUUCUUGGUUCACCAAUUGCAUAUCCCGGUGAUUUAAUUGCAGAGUAUACUGGUGAAAUCAUAUCUGAAGAAGAAGCUGAUAGACGUGGUCGUCUCUAUGAUAAACAAGCGUGCUCUUAUUUGUUUAAUCUUGAUACACAACGCUGUGUUGAUGCUAGACAAUUUGGCAAUAAAAUUCGCUUUGCUAAUCAUUCAUCCAAACCAAAUUGUGUUCCAAAAAUAAAAUUAGUCAAUGGUGAUUAUCGUAUUGGUAUUUAUGCCAAACAAACCAUAUUUCAAGGUGAUGAAUUAUUUUUUGAAUAUAUGUAUGAUGCACAUCACCGACAACAAUUUGUUAAUAAUGAACGUAUUGAUGAAUUAGAACAAGAUGGUUUAACCAUUCUAAAGCGUUUUGGUGAAAAUUUUAUGCUUGUACGACCAUCACAUGAUUAA